GUUUGCAACUGCGGCGGUACCAAAUUUACAUUUUUUAGUGUCCGGGAAAGCUGGGUUGACAGUCCCUGUGGAGCCCCCAGGUGUCUGGGAGAUGAUGACGUCCAUCCCUAUACGUAUCCCCACUGACUCCAUAUAUGAAGAGGCCGAAUCGCUGUGCACGACCCCAAAGUCAGUGGCCGCCAGUCAAGACGAAGACGGAAGCCUAAUAGACUAUACAGAGAGGUCAUGUGAUGGACCAAACCACGCACCCCGUGGCCUGAAGAAUCGGGCACUUCCUCUGGAUAAAUUAUCCCGGGCUCAGCUGAUGGUGGAACAGUACAUCAAUGACAACGAGCUGCUAAAGGCGCACAAGGAGUUAAUCCGCUGCGUGGCACUAAAUAAGAUAAUACAUGGAGACGGCCACUGGAGACUCGCGAAGGCGUUUGCGGACCUUGCCUACAGUUACCUUUCCGUUAGAGGGUUACCCGUCCAAGCCAGACAACAUGCCGAAUCUGCUAAAAACAUCCUGCUGCAAGGAGUGGACAUGUCGAAAUCCCUAGAAGAGAAGCAAGAAAUCCUGGGAACGCUGGUGACCAUUUACUAUACCCUGGGCAUGUCUCACCUGCUGCAGAAUAAUGGAAGAGAAUCCUAUCUCAGUUUGCAGAAAGUGGAGAAAAUCGUGAAAGAACUGGAAGAAUUGCAGGAGAAGACGUCUGUUCUUGGCAGAAUAUCGGACAAGGACAUCGCUAUGGCGCUGGGCAGGGCCUGCGUGAUGCAGAACAAGCUCAGCUUAGCUAUGAAUUACUUUGACCAAGCUGUAAAGAUCGUCAUCUCGUCUGAAGGGGACAGCUCUGCCGAACUGAUAAACCUCUACCGGGAGAUGGCCCGGGCUGAGCAACAGAAGAGGAGGCACCAGCAGGCCAUCCACUACCUGCUGCAGGCCCAUUCUAUAUGUCAGGCAGAGUAUAAAAAGCUGAGUGAAGAGGCCGCACAGACAGGGCUGCUCCUAGCUCAGGCCUAUGCUGCUGCCGGACAUUCUGAAUACAAUGAAAGCGCUGAUAAGUACUUUACUGAGAGUCUCAGCAUUUACCAGGUGGUGCUGGGCCCGGACGACCCUCAGACACUGACCACGUGCGUGCAAUUUAGCAAAUGGCUCAUACAGAUCGGUAGGACUCAGGACGCGUUCAAAAUGUUACAGGAAGCGAUGGGCACAGAGACGGACUACAGCGAGACUGUGGCUGAGAUGCUCAGUAUCAUGGGCAGUAUACAUCUGGCAAAUGGGAAAAUACAGAAGGGCUGCCGACUCCUAAAGAAGAGUCUAGAGAUUCAGACCGUGUUUUAUGGCUCCCAGCACAACAAGACCAGAGAAACCCAGAAUCUCCUGACCACACUGCAGAAGUCUGGAGCAAUAGGGGAGUAAACUAUGGCUGCAGGUUCUAUCCAGAUCCUCGUCCUACCAACCAAUGAGGAAUCUCCUACCUAUACCUCAGAGGAAACCUUCAAGGAGAUAUCCGUGGGGUCCGCACUUACCCCUGGAGAGAUACAUGGCCUCCUAUGUAGGAUAUCAUGGACACAGGCUACAGUUAUCAUCAGAACUGAUGCCCGCCAACCUGCGGCCACGUACAGCGACAGGUGCACCCAUCUGAACCCCAGUUCAAUCCCAUUCACUCCUGUGGGUUGUGAUGCUUUUGAAGUUAAGGCACAAAAUCUGAGGCUGCACUACUGAAGGAUUCUGCCCAAAACAUGAUUUCUGUCGGCCAUAAUUAUGUGUGAAUUCAGAUCACCACCCUGGCUGAAAA